AUGCCAGCUCCCAAAAACAAGCACCCGGCCUUCAGACGAUUUCCCUGGCUCCCUACUGAGCUACGCCUUGAGAUUUGGAAGCAUGCGCUGCCGAUCUUGACAGACAAGGCUACACUCUAUCCAUGGGUCGAGAAGACUGAAUGGAAAUGGACGAGGGAAAGAUUUAAUCGGAUGUAUCCGACUUUCUACUGGCCUAGUAGUCCAGGCUCUAACCAGAUCGCAAUGCCCCUCCUUUAUGUGAGCCAUGAAUCCCGUUCUGUCGCUCUUGACUGGCUAAACAAGCAUCGUCCUUUGCGCAAGCGCUUUCGGCACAAAGGUACUUACUUCUUGACUCGCCCCUUCAUCCCGGUGAUUGAUACACUAUAUCUCGCCAAUGCAUGGUUUGAUCCUGCUUCGCCAGAUCGUUACCCCUGGCUCGAGCACCAACCAGGGAUUAUGAACGUUGCAGUUUCCGAGAGUGUGAUUAUGGCAGACCAGGCCUUACUAUGUCAUUUCGUCAAAUAUUUCUCCGGCAUACGUUCGAUCUCAAUUGUUGUCGGUGAUGGUCCCGCUCCAUAUACCAGUGACCUUCCAAGGAAGGAUAAAAUGACGGAACGGUGGGAGAUCGAUGGUCCACGAGAGACGAUCCUGAAAUGGGAAGACAGGCGUGGAGAAGUUAUGGCAUGGAAUCCCAAUGGCAUGAUUAGUGCGACUCUCCAUACGCUUGUGAUUCUUACGUACCCUCAUCUGUCCCGGGUUGUUGCAAAGUCUUGGUAUCCCAGGACCAUCACAAUCGACGCUGUCCGUGCUGUCAGGAGAUAAGCGACUCGGCUUCUCUGUUUGAAUCUUCCAAGCAAGAGACUGCACCCUACUCUUUCUUUCUCUUUAAUGUGUUUUUCUUUUUGCUCUGCGAGAAUUCUAUCAAUAGGAUGGAGGUGUGGUUAGUGAUAUGAGACUGGGGACGGCACCGGCGUUUCUUGGACCUAUCUUUCUUGGGGGAUCAAACUAGCCGGGAGAUAGC